CCCUGAUAGAAGAGACCACUCACAGAGUCAGAGAGAGAGAGAGAAGUUUCUGUGAAACCAGGUCGGGUCAUUGCAUGAAAACAGUUGGAAACAACAGAACCAUUCCUUGGAAAUCAGAAUUGAACAGAACAUCAGAAUUGAACCCUGAAUUCGUAGAGGAAUCUGGACCCAUCUGAUUCUGAUCCGAUCCAAUUGGUGCGCAUUCUAUCCGUUCAAGGGACAAUUUUACUCUACAUUCCUAAGUAGAAGCAGAAGAGCAUUCUUUUUUUGGAAGCAAAUGACACCUAAAGCAAGUUCUGGAUUGUGGGAAUAAUAUUGGGAAAGGUGGUUUGUGGAUCAUGGAGCAGUCAUGUGGUUUUGGCCUGCAUUCAGUGGUCACAGGGUGACAAGAGAGGAGAUAACAGGAUUAGUAUGGAGAUAUUGUUAUAGAGGGAAAUCUGAGUGUUGUGAUCUCUUCUCUUCUCUCAAAGACCUGCAGGAUGAAUGGGUGAGAAGGAAAGAGAGGAUAGGAGGUGUUCAUUCACUGCUUUUUCCUGCGUAUUCAGAAAAGGAAGAACACUCAUAUUAACUGUGUUUUUUCAACUGCUGUUUUUUUUCAAAAAGUGUGUCUAAAACAACAACAUAAAACACAUUUUCUGAAGAAUAUGUUUAAAAACUGCAAAUAAACCAAAACCAUUAGGUUAUAGCUGAAAACCUCAAUUCCGGAUAGCACAAAACCAAGGCAAUCCUGAAAGGACCAAUGACACAAUCCUAUCAAAUCAAGGACAUGCCCUUAACUUCAGGCCUCGACAAAUCCUGGGUUUCCUUCCUAAAGUCUGCACCUCGUCUCCGCCUCAACACCUUGGACUUCUCCGACCUGUGGGAUGAGGAGGACCUGGGAUUGGACAGCGCCGAGGAAGACGAUGGCACCUUGAUCAACCAAACCUCAGCAUGUCUCCAAACACCACCUCCUCCUCCUCCCAUGCCGCCCUCAGCUCCUCCCCCUCCCCUGUCUACAGGAUAUGCCUCUUCCAUGGGGAAACCCUCAGGUUGUCGUACCUUAAAGCUCCACUGGAGGGAGCUCCACAGCCUGCCCCCCCUGCCCAGGGUUAGCCGCUUUGGGCCCCAGACCAUCUGGGCUGGGCUGGAGCCGGUGCACCUGGACACCAACCGGCUGGAGUACCUGUUUGAGACCAAGGGAAAUGGCUCCAUCUGCAGCGUGCUGAUGGGAAGGCAGAAGCUGCCGUCUGUCUCAGUUCUGGGGGUGAAACGGAGUAACAUCAUCACAAUUGCCCUCAGUAGCCUCCCUCCUCCCCGCCUGCUGCCUCCUGCCAUUUAUACCAUGGACUGUAGUGUUCUGGACAGAGAGGACGUACAGCGUCUCCAGUCCCUGGUCCCCAGUGAAGAGGAGCUGUCUCUGAUCAGGAAGGCCCAGGCCGAGUCCCCCCACUCGCCUCUGGGCCCAGCUGAGCUCUGUCUCCUAACCCUGGGGCAGAUCACUUACCUGAGCCCCAGGCUUCAGCUCUGGGCUUUCGCUCUGGACUAUGACACCCUGGAAAGAGAAAUUGCAGAGCCUCUCUUCCACCUGAAGCUUGCCAUGGAACAGCUGGCAGCCAAUCAGACCUUUAGAUGCAUCUUGGCCACUGUGCUAGCCAUUGGUAACUUCCUCAAUGGAUGCAAGGCCGGUGGUUUUGAGUUGAGUUACCUGGGGAAGUUGUCUCAGGUCAGAGAUACACACUCCCGUCAGCCUCUCCUGUACCAUAUGUGUGUUCUGCUCCUGCAGCUCUACCCACAGUCCUCAGACCUCUACUCUGAUAUCACCUCUGUCACCCGCACCAGCAAGUGUGACUACACCCAGGUCCAGUCCAGCCUCUCACAGCUGGAGGCCCUUUGCAAAUCCUCAUGGGACCAGCUGCGUCUGCUAGAACGGGAGGAUGAGAAGAAGAGAGGAGGACGGGACAGAGGAGGGGAGCGGGAAGGCACCCUGCGACAGAGGUUACCUACGUUCCUGAAGGAAUGUGAGGACAGGCUGAAGGUACUGAGAGCUGUCCAUCGGAGGGUUAUCAACAGGUUUCACUCAUUCCUUUUGUUUCUGGGUUACUCUCGUACGAUGGUGAGAGAGACGAAUGCGGAGGACUUCUGUAAGACCGUCAGUGACUUUUCCCUGGAAUACAGAGCCACCCGUCUCUCCAUCCUGCAACAAAGGGAGAGAGAGAGGGGGCGAGAGAAAGGAGGAGAGAGUCCCAGCUCACCUGCACCUAACCACAAACACCACUACCAUCCCCACCACCACCACCAGACACCUUCUCAGGUAGAGACUGAUGGGAGAGCGAGAGAGAGGGAGAGAAGUGACAGUGUCACAAAAAACAGGAGUGUAUUCAAUAGGAAUAUAAGCAAACAGCCGAAACGGGGGAGGACUAUCCUGAACUUAAUCCGCGGUAGGCGAAACAAAGCCACUGACCGCCCCAGGCACAUUGUUAAUGUUUUUGUUUCAAAAUUAGCAUCCAGAAAAGUGGUAGAAAAAAAAUCCUAGUUCAUACUCUGCUGUUCUAUUGCACAUGCAGUGACGUCCAAGGGGGAAAAAAGCGGGUUUGUUGUCUGAAGUUGUUACUAAGAGAUUGCAAGGUCGUGAGUUCAAUCCCCAGCUGAGUUAUACCAAAUAAUGGAAAAAUCGGAGCUGAUGCAUCUCUGUUUAACACUCAGCAUUAAGGAGUUAGAUUGGGAAUAAUGCCUUGUGACAGACUACACUCCUGUCCAGAGGGUGUACUUGUACAUCAAGAUGCCUCAUGCUACAGAAACAGGCUCAUGAGUUAAGGCUUGUGCAAAGCUACUUAGACAUAGUUAUAUUGCAAACGGAUGUGGCAGAUUCACUGCUGUGGAUUCCUGAUUUAAAUGGAACUACACAUGUAUACAUCAAUAAUAAGUAGCUGAAUAAUAUGUGAGUUAUGAAUUUUUCAUUUUCAUAACUGUGUUGUUCA